AUGACCGGCCCAUCGAUACAAGACCGGACCAGCGAGUUCAGCGCUAUCUUGGGCCACGCCCAGAAGCGCCUGGGGACAUCGAAAGUUGGUUCGCAGCGCCAGGCACUGUUGACCGAUGCGCAAAGGCGACAGGCCAAUGCGUCGCCCCAGGGUGCCGGACAGGAGGCGAAGGCGGCAAGAUCGGAGUUCGCGCGGCGGGCGCGAGAUAUUGGAAGGGGGAUUACUGGAACAAUGGCAAAAUUGCAGAGAUUGGCUGAACUGGCGAAGCGGAAAACACUCUUCGACGACCGACCUGUCGAAAUUUCCGAAUUGACAUACGUGAUUAAACAAGACCUUGCCGCCCUAAACCAAAGCAUCGCCUCACUGCAGGCGCUCACCCACGCGCAACACCCCAAAUCGAAUCGCUCGAAGACAGACCAGGAAGGAGAACACAAUGACAAUGUGAGUGAGAUACGAAAGGCCGCGCACGGACAAGUCGCUGAUUACCCAUUUCAGGUUGUUGUCAUGCUGCAGGGAAAGCUGGCCGAUGUAGGUGCUAGUUUCAAAGAGGUGCUCGAAGUCCGCACAAAGAAUAUCCAGGCAUCCCGAUCACGAACCGAGAACUUCGUUUCCUCGGUAUCUUCCAAAUCACACAGCGCCCUCGACGCACAGCGCUCAGAUUCGCCUUUGUACAACACCUCUGGACGACGGACACCUCAGCCCGGAUAUCAAGGCAACUCCUCCGACCUUUUGACCCUCGAGCCCUCAAACCCUUCGCCCUUAGGCCGUCCAUCAUUCCAAUCAGACCAGCAGCUGAUGGUAAUGGAAGAAGGAGAAUCGAGCAAUACAUAUGUUCAAGCUCGAGGCGAAGCUAUUGAAGCUAUUGAGCGAACCAUCAGCGAAUUAGGUGGUAUUUUUGGUCAGCUGGCUCAGAUGGUCAGCGAGCAGUCUGAAAUGAUCCAGCGCAUAGAUGCCAAUACCGAAGAUGUGGUCGACAACGUCCAGGGGGCUCAGAGAGAACUAAUGAAAUAUUGGACGCGCGUGUCCGGGAAUCGCUGGCUAGUUGCCAAAAUGUUUGGUAUUCUGAUGAUCUUCUUCCUUCUCUGGGUGUUGAUUUCAUGA